ACGGUGCAUGGUUGUGUGUCACAUUCCAGGCAUGCAGGUGACGGGCGGUGGGGCGUGCAGGUGUGCCUGAUUCGUGGUGACCCUUGCGCCCCUCACUCGCCACCCACACCAGACACUCACCCUCGCCAUCCCGGGGCCUGCUGCUGAACAUGGCGCCGGACAAGGACCGAGAGGCGGUGCUCAGGGAGCGGGAAAAUGUUCGUGUUGUGGUGCGAGUGCGGCCGCUGAGUGAGAAGGAAUCCCAGGCUGGUUUCCAGAGCAUUGUGGAGAGUGAUGAUCUGAACUGUUCAGUGCUGGUGACCAAUCCGGCGGCUCAGGAUGGAGAGCCGCCUAAAGUAUUUACUUUUGACUCAGUGUUUGGCCAAAACUCCAAACAGAUGGAUGUGUACAACCUUGCUGCACGUCCCAUUGUGGAGAAUGUCCUGGAGGGGUACAAUGGCACCAUCUUUGCCUAUGGACAGACAGGGACAGGCAAGACCUUCACCAUGGAGGGGGUCAGGACUGUGCCAGAACUCAAGGGCAUCAUACCAAACUCCUUUGCACACAUCUUUGGCCACAUUGCUAAAGCUGAGGAAGGGAAAAAAUUCCUGGUGCGAGUGUCAUACCUGGAGAUCUACAAUGAGGAGGUGCGUGACCUUCUCCGCCAGGACCAGUCAGUGCGCCUUGAGGUGAAGGAGCGACCUGACGUGGGGGUGUAUGUGAAGGACCUCCUGACCCACGUAGUGCACAAUGCUGGGGAGAUGGACCGGAUCAUGACCCUCGGGAAUAAGAACCGAGCUGUUGGGGCCACCAACAUGAACACACACAGCUCCCGCUCCCAUGCCAUCUUCACCAUUACCAUCGAGUGUGCUGAACGGGGUAUUGAUGGACAACAGCACUGGAGGGUCGGGAAGCUGCAUCUUGUGGACCUGGCAGGUUCAGAGAGGCAGAGCAAGACAGGUGCAACAGGCCAGAGGCUGAAGGAGGCCAGCAAGAUCAACCUGUCUCUCUCCACGCUGGGCAAUGUCAUCUCAGCACUGGUGGAUGGACGCUCCACACACAUUCCUUACCGCAAUUCAAAGCUCACCAGACUACUGCAGGACUCUCUUGGAGGCAACUCUAAGACUGUCAUGUGUGCCAACAUUGGACCUGCAAAUUAUAACUAUGACGAGACCAUCAGCACACUCAGGUACGCCAACCGGGCCAAGAACAUUUGUAAUAAGGCCAAGAUCAAUGAGGACCCCAAGGAUGCCCUUCUUCGCAAACUCCAGGAUGAAAUCAAAAGUCUGCGUGACCAACUGCAAGAUGAGGAUGCUUCAGAGGAAUCGGAAGAUGAGGAACAGGAAGGUGAAGAGAAGCCAAAGAAGAAAAAGAAGAAAUUAAAAGAGGAAGAGGUGGCAAUCAUUAAAAAGAAGAUUGAGGAGGAGAGGAAGAUGCUGGCUGAGAGGAAGGACUUGGAAGAGGAGGAGAGGAAUAAAGUGAAGAGUGAUCUUGAUAGGCAUGAGAAGGAAGUUAAGAAGGCACUAAAGGAGCAGGAGGCCCUCAAGCAGCGUCUACAGGGACUAGAACGCAAGAUCUUGGUAGGUGGUGAGAACCUCUUGGAGAAGGCAGAGGAGCAGGAGCGACUUCUGGAAGAAUCUGCCAAGGAACUAGAGGAGAGGCGGAAACAUGAGGAACAGUUGCGUCGUGCCAUCACACAGAAGGAGGCUGAGAGAAUUGACCUGGAGGAAAGGUACACCAGUCUUCAGGAGGAGGCAGCUGGUAAAACACGUAAGCUGAAGAAGGUGUGGACACUGUUGAUGGCAGCCAAGUCAGAGCUAGGGGACAUGCAGGCAGAACACCAGCGGGAGAUGGAGGCGCUGCUGGAGUCCGUGAGGCAUCUUUCCCGAGAACACAAACUGCACCAGCUCAUCAUUGACUCUUUCAUUCCUUUUGAGUACCAGGAGAUGAUAGAGCGUUAUGUCCACUGGAAUGAAGACAUCGGGGAGUGGCAGCUGAAGUGUGUGGCUUACACUGGAAACAACAUGAGGAAGCAGCUGGAUGCAGGAGACAACGAAAAAGAGAAUUUGAACCAAGAAAGUGAGAUGUGGCAGGUGUACAAGACCUACAGCCCUGAGGUGUACACACGACCACCAGCUGCUAUUCCAGCUCCCAAACCUCGCAGGAAGAAGUCUGGCAUCCCUCGGCCCAAGCACAGCAGGUCAGCCAAGAAGGGAGACAAAAUAUAGACUCCUCCUCCUGCCACCCACAGGAGGGGAAGGUAAGGCUUGUGGUUCUGGUGAAUCUGUCAUAGUGAAGGUGAAGGUGCCAAGGCCUCUAUCUGCAGGUGUACAAAGCAGGGCAGGGACCAGCAUGGACCUCUGAAGUGACAGCUUUAUCUGCUUGUGUCUUUAGGCCAUGAUGUGAAGGGGAAUCUCAUCAUUAUAUUGUAUUUAUUACUAGUAGAUUUAUAUGUUGUAUAUAAUUUUGGGUUCCUUUCUGAUACACAUAUACACACAAGCACACACACUCAUCUUCAUCUGUUACUUGGAAGGCUAAGAUUUGCUCCCCUUCCCAGCUAAGUUUGGUAUGUGUUAUCAUUGAUGAGUGAGCAGUUACUGUCCUUGAAUAAGAAGAUGAAGUGUGUGGUGAGUGAUCACAGCAUUACCCAUAGAUCAAAGUGUAUAUAUGAGCUCUAAGCUCUUAGCUGGAGAGUAUAACUGUGAUCAAGUCUGUUGCUUGAUCUGAAAGAUCAUGGGGAAUUAAGCACACACACACUCACACUCAGAAAUUAGUAUAUGAGACACUACAAUGGCAACUUUGAUGUAUGUUGAAAAGAUGUUUAUUGGCUGUAUUGGAGGAAGUUCUCUGCUUUCUGUUGUUGUCAUCUUUGAUGUCUUUGUGGUGGAAGAGUCAAAACACUGGUGACAUGCAUUCCUUGAGGACCCAAGCAUCUCACUGGCAUCCUAAAGCCUAUAGUUAAUUUAGACAAAGUUCACGUCAGUUUUUUUUUCUAUGGUUAUUCUUGUGAUAUCAUCUUCUACAGAAAACAUUUGUAUGUAGAGCAUUUAAAGGCUUUCCUCUCAACUGAUCCAUUAACAAAACAUGGGUACAUAUUAAGUCUUGAAACACAAGAAAAGGUACAGUUUUCACCCCAGUGGAUACGCAAGCUAUGAGGCAUAGAUGAGGUGUGGUGCUUGUUGUGGAGUCUCACAGCAGUGUUCAAGAUCUUCAUAUACCCACUGGAAAGAACUAAAACAAAGGCAGCAUUCCACAGUUCCCUGCAUCUUGUCACGUCCAGGUGUGCCUCAAGAGCUGUGGUGUAGCAAGGGUGACAGGCUGGGGUGUAGCCAGUGUCACAAAUUAGUGCUUAGAGUUGUAACAGAUUGGUGCAAUGGAAGACUUUCAAUCUAUUAUGUAUGGUAAUUAGUUAUAUUAAGGCGAGGUGACGGUAGUUACUUAAGAAGUGACAUUCACUUACUUCAGAUUCUUAUGAGCUUUUAUAACUUGUGUAUAAAAUCACCAAGUUUCAUUGAGAUACAAUCAUUAUUUUGAGGGAAAAAAUAGAUAAUAAUGGCAUUCCUUGCAAAAUCUCUUCUUUUUCUAAUCCAUUUGCCUUGAAUACUGGUAGCAGAUAUGAUAGACAUGAGUUUUCUUUUUUUAUUGCUGCAGAUUUUAGUUAUUAUGUUCCAUAAGCAAAAAAGGAUGAAAAUAUUGGUGACAUUGGUUAAUUUUCCUCAAAAGAAAAAAAUAACGGAAUCGUGCCUGCCUUUAAAACUUGGCCAACAAUGAAAGAUCUCACUCCUCUCCACUUUCCAAGGAUACCUUUGUAUCUAUGGUCACUUGAAAACAGUGGAAAAAUUUCCCUCCAAAUGUCAAUAGGUUUGGUUUUGAGAUAUAAGUUGUUUUGUGAUGGAGUGGUUAUUUUGAUGCUUGUUGGCCUUAUGUAACAUGACUUCAAUCAUAUUGUGGUGAAAAAGAAAGCAAAGAUGUACCAGUAUUUAUCCUAUUAUCAGGUCUGUUUGUCGUCUGGUUCCCUACUAAUUUAUAGGAUAUUUCUCGCUUACAUUGUCCCCAGGUUCUAGAAGCCUCCUCCCUCACUUUUGUGUUCACUUGUGGUCUCUUACUUUUCUUCCCUGAUGGUAGAUUUUUUUUGUUUUUUUUUGACAUUUGAAUGCUCAGUCCAGCAGUUGUGCAGGAGAGAUACCUGAUCCUAAGUGAGUGAGAUAGCCAGCAAUUAAGUAACUAAAAUUAUGGUCUAGAGUUGUCACAGCAGCUACAAAUUUCACUCUCUUGUGUCCACUGUGUUUUGUCCUGCUGUAUCUAUCCCAUAACUUGGUGUGUAGGCUUUUGUUGAAGUUCUUUGUUAUACUUUCUGGCCAUCUCUCAAGCAGCUCUGUUCUUGUAAGAUCAAUGUAAAUCCUCAUAUCUUCCUGCUCAGCAGAAGGUAUGCUAAUGAUAAGUUAAUGGUAAGUUAAUGAUUAUCUUGGUCUCAUCAUCAGUAAUGAAUCUGGCACAAGUGUGAAGUUUUUCUUCAUGUUCCGUAAUACAUUGCAUUGAUGUCAGUAGUUUUGUGAUGGGAUAUGGAUGAAACCCGAGCGACUAACUUCUGAUGGUGUGACGUGAUGGAGAUAGAACAGUCAAAGGCAUCAUAUGACACAUUGGAAGCAUUAUCACUCCAAUAUGUAGCAUGUGUUCUUGAUGCAAGUAUAAAGGUUUUCAGCUGAGAAUGAGAGGAUAUAUUUCUGUUCAUGUAGUAUUGACCUUGUAGCUUUUACUAUAGAGAUGACUUGUGGCAAUGAUGGAAAGUGUUCUAAGGUUGAGGGAACAGACUGAGCUGGUGAGGAGGCAGCUUGUGAGGGGCUAGGUGUGGUAGGAAGGGUGUGCAGCUUUGCAUCAAUGCAUGUAGGUAGCAGGCUAUACUGUCUUCUCUCUUCUUCCUUGUCCUCUUGUUUAUAAUGUCCAUUCUUUCCUUCUGCUGCUGCUUCAGCUUUGACAGAUGUUGACUGUUAGUCUUCUCAGGAACUGGAGGAAUCUUGGAUAACAUUUAAAAUAAAUUUUGAUAAGGAAAAAAAUAAGACAGCAACAUCCCAUUUUUGCAGAAAAUUGGAAUAAUUUUAAAGGUAAAAUGUUACUCACCCAGUAUUGAGUUCUGACUCAAAAAUUUUAUUUCACUUUACCGUCGCCUCCCUUAAUAAUAUCUGAAGUGAUGGAGUGAGGAGUUUUCAAGAUUUUUAAGUAAAGUAUUGAGUUUAAUGCUCAAGACAUUCAGAAUCUAGUCAUUCAUGUAGUCAGGUCCAGCAGCUGUAAUCUCAGAUACUUAUGUUACAUUUAGUUGAAUUAUGUUAAUUCACUGUUGUUGUUCUUUCAGGGACGUUGUUUUGUAAUAUUUCUGAGCUAUUUAAACUAGUGUGAUUUGCCACAAUAAAAGUAUUCUUUGUAUCAUGCUUC